AUGGGUACUUUCAAGUUCCACCAGUACCAGGUUGUUGGGAGGAAGCUCCCUACGGCAUCUGAUGAGCACCCCAAGAUUUACCGAAUGAAGCUCUGGGCCACCAAUGAGGUUCGCGCCAAGUCCAAGUUCUGGUAUUUCCUGAGGAAGCUGAAGAAGGUCAAGAAGAGCAAUGGCCAAGUGCUUGCCAUUAAUGAGAUAUUUGAGAAGAACCCAACUACUAUCAAGAACUAUGGUAUUUGGUUGCGGUAUCAAAGCAGGACAGGUUAUCACAACAUGUACAAGGAGUACCGUGACACAACCCUCAACGGAGCUGUGGAGCAGAUGUACAUUGAGAUGGCUUCUCGCCACAGGGUUAGGUUUCCUUGUAUCCAGAUCAUCAAGACUGCUACCAUCCCAGCUAAACUUUGCAAGAGGGAAAGCACCAAGCAAUUUCAUAACUCCAAGAUCAAGUUCCCAUUGGUGUUCAGGAAAGUGAGGCCACCUUCCAGGAAGUUGAAGACUACAUACAAGGCAUCGAGGCCCAACUUGUUUGUGUAA